CGUCGUGGCCGAGGGUACGUGUUGACCAGCUGAUGUUCUCUCACUUGCUCUCUUGAAUAAGGACAGUACUUUAAAGAUAUCAUGCUUAAUUUUAUGGUGAUAGACAUGGUCUUACUAGCGCAGCCCGUGUGCACGAGCAGGCAAGCUCCCCUCCUUGUCGCGUCAGCUUUGUGGAGAUGACGCGGGCGAGAGUGGAGGGGCUCUGGAGUCGUCCCCAAGCUGAUAGGCUCGGGGAAGCAAGCACACGUUUUGGAGCGGAAGAGUGUCCGCUUACGUCUACCAGCCUCUGUAGAACUGUACAUGUUGCUGGUGACCACCAAGACUCCAACAUCCUGGAGGACCUAGAACACUUGCGUCUCUUCUCGUAUAGUGGUCCCAAAUCUGCCAGAGAAUAGUACGACAGUAUGUUUUGACAAUGCCUUUGACCUCAUCGUUUGCCUGUGAUGAGCUCGUUGCCCGGGGAUACCGAGAGAAUGUGAACCUGGCUGUACGGACCUUCACGAGAGAUGGACAGUCACGUAGGAGAAGGUCUCUGAGGCCAUGGGAAGUAUCCGGAGAAGGAUGGCUAGGGAUGAGAUGACGAGGAGGCCAGGAGCUCAGAUGGCCAGAGAAAGCGCCACCAAGAGAGAGGCAUGGGGACACGGCUAACAACGGUGGAGGCAGGGUUUGGUUCUGCUGACUACAACCCGGGCCCUCUGUGGACAUGUCAGCCUCUCACCAGUCCAGCAAACCUGCAUAUAACCCUCCCAGUUGUCUGUUGCCCCAGUCGUCCGCAGAGGGCUGGAGGAGGGAGUGCUCUCAAGCUGAAGAAGAAGGACAAGGACGUGGACAUGUUUGUGGACAAGUUGGUGCAGGAGGGGAGAGGGUGACCAGUGUUACUGCCCCGCGACAGCCCUCCAUGACUGCCAAGACCACCACCUCCACUCUGCAUGCCAGUGUCCAUCUGAAGGUGACAGAGAGACUGAGUCUGGUGGCUGGGAGGGAGGGAGGACUCCAGUCCAUGGAGAUACUGGGGAUGAUCAUGCUGAGCAUCACAGACCAGGAAUUCAGCAAAAUCAGAGUUCUGAUGGAUAACAAGGACCAGAGAGGGCUACAGUUUCAGACCCAUCCCAAUGUGGACAAGUCCCUGUGGAACAGUGAGGGCCUACUGGGACUCAAGCAGCCCAACAAACCCUUCCCUCUGAAACAGGAGGUCGGAGUCCUGAAAUGGAGGAUGCAGACUGCGGACGAGUCUCUCAUGCCCCUCUCUGUCAACUGUUGGCCAUCGGAGAAUGCAGGGAAAUGUGAGGUGAACAUAGAGUACGAACUGCUGCAGUCAGAGUUGGAGCUAACUGAUGUCAUCAUCUCCAUCCCUUGCCCGGGUGGGGUAGGAGCACCGGUGGUCGGCGAAGUUGCCGGGGAAUACAAGUUUGAUUCCAAGAAGCAUAUCUUGGAAUGGCGCCUGCCUGUCAUUGAUUCCUCCAACAGCACAGGAAUGAUGGAGUUCACCAUCCCCGGAAUGGAGUCUGAUUUCUUCCCCAUUCGAGUCGAGUUUGUGUCCCCAAAGACCUAUUCCCACAUUGAG